UGGACGUGAGUUUUGAGAGUCUUCACAAUGCAGCCCGAGAUGGCAUCUUGAUUGCCGAUCUUGGGACGAAACCGACGAACGGAUGUCCUCUAUGCAGGUUCUUCUUUCGCCAUCGAUGUUCGUUAACAUAUCCUGCCCAAAAACGAUACCAGCUGAGAGUGUUCUCAUACCUGAAGUUUACAGAGAUAGUCCGCUUUUCAGCGAUUACUGAGAGCAGCAAAAAGCGAGUCUUGCAUGAUAUGCCAUGCUUAGGCGUUUUACUUAGUGGAGAGGAGGCAGACAAAGCGGAAUUCGAACAUACAGGCCAUAUUUUUCUCUUACAUGAGUCCCAAAGAUACAAUCAAAGCUUCUUCGAGCCAAAGCUUUUACGACCGUGCUUCGAUCACGAGCUUGCCAAACACUGGCUAGAUUACUGCUCCAAGAACCAUAAAUCAUGUCAGGAUGAUGCAGAUGAAGUCGAGGUUUUGAAGCUCAUCGAUUGUAGCCUCAAUAGUCCUGCCGUCGUACCUGCUCCGAGAGCCGCCAAGUAUAUAGCUUUGAGCUAUGUUUGGGGGUCUCCAAAAAAACUCCCGGACGUUCAAACCGCAGACUUGUCCCCAGACGACUCGAAGUUCUCUAAAACUAUUCGAGAUGCCAUCACAGCGACCCAACAAUUGGGAGUCCAGUACUUGUGGGUUGAUAAACAUUGCAUCAACCAGGACGACGCGCAAGAAAAGCACAACCAAAUCAGCAGGAUGGACAGAAUCUAUAGAGGAGCUGUUGCUACAAUUAUUGCAGUCGCAGGGAACAAUGCCGACCAUGGUCUGCCUGGAGUCGGAGAUACUUUCCGAGAACAGCAGCCCGUUGCAAUCUGUCAGGAUUUCACGCUUAUGAGCACUAUGACACACCCACACAGCUCGAUUACAAGUUCCUCAUGGAACUCUAGAGCAUGGACCUUCCAGGAAUCUGUGCUCUCGCGCCGUCGUUUGGUCUUCACCGAAAACCAGAUCUAUUUUGAGUGCGAUGUAAUGAAUUGUGUCGAGAGUCUUCCC